AUGCCGACCCGGGAGGCCAUGAAGCUCGUGCUCGGCACCGACUGCCCAGCCAUCAAGGAGGAAAAGGUUAACCAUAUAACCAAGCAGAUCGGCAUGUUCUCCUAUACCGGAUUGACAGCUGGCCAAUUAAACCACCUCAUCGAGAAGCACAAGGUCUUCAUCCUCAAAGACGGUCGUAUCAACCUCUGCGGGCUUAACACGACAAACGUCGAAGGCGUCGCCAAGGCGUUUGACGAGACGGUGCGCAACGUAAAGAACCAGAUC